GGGUUAUCGGAUAGUGGGUGGCGGGAGGGAGAACUAACUGAAGGUAGCUAACGGAAAGAGCGAUGGCGCUGGCAAUUUUAGCUCCGGCGACGGCGAGUGUGAAUUGCUGGAGUAGAGAGAAGUUUUCGUCGUUUCCGUUGAGUAGAAGCUGGGGAAAGCAAUUUUUGAAGCCUGCAAAUUGUGCUUCUUCUUCUUCCUCUGCUUCUGUUGAGCAAGUCCAAGAACAACAACAGAAGCAGGUUGAUUCAGGGAUAAUGUGCGAACCUUGCAAUGGCCAAGGAUGGCUAGUUUGUGAUUUCUGCAAAGGGCAGAAAACCAAUGUGAAGGCCGAAAACAAACGGGUCUAUCGCCGAUGUCCAUCUUGCAAAGCUGUUGGGUACCUCUUGUGUUCAAAGUGCAAAGUGUUCAAGUGUGUUACAUUCCCAAAUUACAGUGACGGAGAGGAGCUAUCCUUCUAAUCAACCCCCCUCCCCUCUAUUGCCAUGGCCAAGUAUGAUCCUUGUGAGUGAUGGAAUGAUGCAAAAUACUGUUAAUUUAUUGAGGUUUCUAGGAAUCUUGAUUUGAAGAUUGCAGUCAUUUUCCUCAUCUGUCCAUAUUGUUAUUGAUGUAAAUUGAAUUCAACGACGAAUCAAGAAUUCAAUUGUUUCUUAUUUGAUUGUGAAAGACGUCUCAUUUUUCCGGAUGUCUAUCAUGUUCAUAGCUUCUCAGAACUGCAGUUCUUCCUUAUGUUUGCAUAGUUAUAUCAAGCAAUGUCCUGACACACUCUGAAAAAAUACCAACUCAUCGUAACCAAGUGGUUGAAGUAGCUGAAGGACAAUCAUGCAUUGUUAUAUCUACGCAUAACCACUCUCAUCUGCCAAUAAUAUGCUUCUAAAAUGUGAUACAGUUGUCUCAAUUUCCAUGAUAGGCCCAUGUCUGGUUGAAUUGGACGAGAUUGUUGGCACGUUCAGUUAGCAGAGUAAACCAUUUUUCUUAGAUUGCCUUGCUAUACAUUGAUUUGCAUGUGCUACCUUAUCUGCACAUCUCAUUGGUUCGAACUACGGCUAACCUUAGAUACCUAACUUGUACACUACUCUGAUGACGGGGGACCUCGACACAUACAUCUGAGGCUACUGCCGGCCCCUUAAAUGCGCGGAUAACUCAUGGGAGCUGACGAUUUGGCUUACAGUCCUGUCUGUCGGUAACCACGAAGGGAUUUUCGCCUAAUGUGUAUACUAUAACAGUGACCAAUUUAAUACUUAAAAAGAGUAUAAUCUAUACGCAUGUAAUGUACAAGAAGCAGUUUAACCUUCAGUUUGAGGCUUCUGUUUGUCUAUGUUGUCCUUCCACAGUUGCACGGGACCUCACAGGAUUAUGUAAGGAAUUACUUUGGUGAUUGCACUUAGUAAAUUUCACAGCUGUACUUUCUGGCUUGUUGUAGCAUCUCAUCUGCAAACUAGCACCACCUACCUUGGACUUUGAUUAAAGAAGUGGCAUAUUCAUCGAAAAACCAAAGUACUCAGCUGGUUGGUUAAUUCAACACGCUUUGGUGCUAUUUUUCCUCUGUUUAUUUUCUUCAGGCUUGCAGUUGCUUAGCUUUUACUUGUCAAUGACUAACUUUUGCCUGCUUGGCUGCUUUAUUGGCCAAUCUUUUACCUUAAUCAAGGUGGUGGCCCCGCUAGUUGAAUAAUUCGUUAGUGAAUUA